ACUGCUACCAACAGUAGAACACGUACUCAGGAGAACCACGUACGUUGGGUUGGUCACAUAUCAACGAAUGACUAGCUGAUUGUGGACGGUUUAGUGUUGAAGUUUCAUACAAAGUAAAGUAAAAUGGAAGAAAUAGGAAUUAUAUUACCUGAUAAGGAGGAGAAUAGUCAGGAUUCCAAGCCGAUUUCAGGGCCUAUAAUUGGUGCAGGUGAAGAGUUAGACGUAGAAGAUCUUUAUACAAAAUACAAGAAAUUGCAGCGGCAGCUUGAGUUCCUUGCAGUUCAGGAGGAGUACAUCAAGGAUGAGCAGCGUAACCUGAAGAAGGAGUACCUCCACGCACAGGAGGAGGUGAAGCGCAUCCAGAGCGUUCCUCUCGUCAUAGGGCAGUUCCUGGAAGCUGUCGACCAGAAUACUGGCAUUGUAGGCAGCACAACAGGUUCAAACUAUUACGUGCGGAUAUUGUCCACUAUAGACCGGGAGCUGCUGAAGCCUUCAGCCAGCGUGGCUCUGCACAAGCACAGUAACGCUCUCGUCGACGUGCUACCGCCUGAAGCCGACUCGUCAAUAUCCAUGUUGCAAGCCGAUGAGAAGCCGGAUGUUCAGUAUUCAGAUAUUGGUGGGAUGGACAUGCAGAAGCAAGAGAUCCGAGAAGCCGUCGAACUGCCCUUGACCCAUUUUGAACUGUACAAGCAGAUUGGUAUUGACCCACCACGUGGAGUGCUUAUGUAUGGCCCCCCUGGCUGUGGCAAGACCAUGCUGGCCAAGGCGGUGGCCCACCACACAACGGCCGCGUUCAUCCGAGUGGUGGGAUCAGAAUUCGUGCAGAAGUACCUUGGUGAGGGGCCCCGUAUGGUGCGGGACGUCUUUCGAUUAGCCAAAGAGAACUCGCCAGCCAUCAUAUUUAUCGACGAGAUCGAUGCCAUCGCCACGAAGCGCUUUGAUGCCCAGACCGGUGCAGACAGGGAGGUUCAGCGAAUCUUGCUAGAGCUUCUGAACCAGAUGGAUGGAUUUGAUCAAACCACGAAUGUGAAAGUGAUCAUGGCUACCAACCGUGCAGACACUCUCGACCCGGCUCUACUUCGGCCCGGGCGAUUGGACCGUAAGAUCGAAUUCCCGUUACCAGACAGGCGACAGAAGAGACUUGUAUUCUCUACAAUUACAUCAAGAAUGAACCUCAGUGAGGAAGUGGAUCUAGAAGAUUAUGUGGCGCGUCCUGAUCGCAUCUCUGGUGCAGAUAUCAAUGCCAUCUGCCAGGAGGCCGGAAUGCACGCCGUCCGCGAAAACCGAUACAUCGUCCUUGCGAAGGACUUCGAGAAGGGCUACAAGAACAACAUCAAGAAGGACGAGUCGGAGCACGAAUUCUACAAGUGAAUUGUUUUAAUCUGUGUGGCUUUGUAGUUACUAAUAAAAAGAAAAGAUGGA